UCCAAUGGAAGUUACAGACAUUUGUAACAAUGGGUCCAAGGAUGCAAAAGAAGUGGGACACCCAAAUGAAUCAUCUAAACCAUCGAAUCUGCAUCUUCUUAAUACUAUGCGGGGCAUCCAUACUCCCAUACAUCGUCUACCUUUGUGCAUUACCAUCACAUACCAGUAGUGACGUGUUUCCACUCUUCGAUGAAAUAGGAGUGCGUCAAUUGUCAGCUCUGAAGGAACACAAGACAGUAGAUAACAGAUCUCCUAAAAGGUUGAAACGUUCAGGACAAGGCAAGGUUAAGAGUAACAAUGUGUCCAAUAUCCAUCAGAAAGCUAAAAGUGAUCAGACUAACCAUGCGUCCAACGAGAGGUCUGUCGAGAAAGCCGCCCAAUCCUAUCCAGUCUUACAACAUACUGCAUCUCGGCUUGUCUUUAAAGAAGCCAUCACAAAGUACUGGACUCCAAUAGAUGUGGUCAAUAUGGAUCUCCCUUUCACAAACAAGUCUUUGACACAUUACACUGGAAAUGGAACUAAGCUUAUUGUAAUUGAUCGACUUCCAGUCUGGAUGGAAUGGGCACUAAAAGGUUAUAUGCAAAUGUGCAGAUACAGCAACUGUUUGUUGUCGACGAAUGGCUCAUUGAGGACAGACGCAGACGCUGUGCUCUUUAAUGGACAAUCAAUGUCCCCCAAACCUCCACCCCGAACACCGGGGCAAGUGUGGGUGAUUUAUGCCUGGGAAAGUCCUUGUCAUCUUCCAAAAACAAUGUACAAACCAGAAUGGAAAAGAGAAUUAAAUUGGACAUUGACAUACCAAACAGACUCUGACCUCUUCUCGCCCGUGGGAAUGUUUGUACCAGUUCUGAAACCGCACUCCUAUCAUCAUCUUCUAAAUAUCGUGCAGCACAAGACGAAGGCAGUUGCAUGGUUUGUUAGCCAUUGUAGAACAGAAUCUAGACGAAUGGCAUAUGUCAAAAGGAUUCAGAAGAUAAUUGACGUUGACAUUUUUGGAAACUGUGGACCAAUGAAAUGUCCAAGAUCUGAUCCAAAAUGCUUAGGUAUGUUGCAGGAUACCUACUGGUUUUAUUUGUCAUUUGAAAACUCCUUCUGUAAAGACUACAUUACGGAAAAGUUGUACAAGGUUUUCAACGACGCCUGUGUCCCUGUAGUCCGGGGAGGUGCUGACUACAAACACCUUGUACCAAAUGGGACAUAUAUCGAUGCAGCCGACUUUGCCAGCCCGGAGGCACUGGGGAGGCAUCUUAAGUGGCUCAUGUCCAACACGUCAGCUUACAUGGACAUCCUCAUGCACAAGGAACAGUACCGGGUCCUCGGCUCAAAUCAUGGUAAACACAUGGCGUUGUGUGAACUUUGUUAUCGACUUAAUAACCUGGAAACACGAAGGAGCACACAGGCAGGUGUAGAGGAAUGGACUGAAGAAUGCCAUGCACCAACAGACCUUGGGUAGAUGAGACCAGAUGGUUGGAAGAUUAAUGUUAGGAAAUAAAGGAGUACUAUAUAUU